AUCUACAACUGCAAGAGACUGACAUAGACUAGUAUUGAAAUUUUGUACAAUAGGCAUAUUUUAAACUUGUAAAUAUUUUUCUUAUUCCUUUAUUGGGAAAAAGAUGUUACCUUCAUCCUAAAGUUAUGACGAAAGAUUGAUACAACAGUUUAACAUUUUAGCAUUUGACAAAUCCAAGUUACUGCUUUAGCUUCUAAUUUAAGAGAUAUUCAUCAAGCCUGAGCUGAUAAUGUUAUAAUUUCUAAACGAAGGUUUUAAAAUGCAAUUGAAUAUUAAUAAAUAUUACAGCAAAUCGCAGUCAAAUAGAUUCAUUCACAAUCAUUGAUAUAUUCUUCUGCAGUAUGUGGUUCAUCUAUUUCCUGGUUUUUUCCUCACCACAGAAAAAAUAUCAUCUUAUCUUGUGCUUCUUCCUAUUCUAUAUAAAAUACAAACUCAGCCCCAUCUUAAAGGGUUCAUACUUCUUGCAUUGUCCAAAUCAUACAACAUCAUGGCAUGGUGUAUAUAUACUCUCUUCAUAAUAAAUAAGAAGUUCAUAUUCAAGAAUUUAAAAUAUUCAUGUUUCAUUUUUUUAUAUGUAAGGUAAGGAUUAAACAAUAUGAAAACUAAAAAUAUAUUUAAUUUUAAAAUUAAAUAUUAAAAUGAUAUUAUUAUUAAAUAAAUAACAAUUGCUUUUUAUUUUUAAAUAACAAAAUUACAAGGAAAAAUGGCUCACCUUCAAUUUCAAAAAUCUUAUGAUUUAUUUCUGAGAUGUCUCAUUGCUUAGUUGAAAUAUUGUUUAUAUACCCAACGAUACCCACAUUUCUUCACCUCCACAUCGAUAUCUUCAUAGUCUUCAUAUUCAUGAUCCAAAAAUAUGGCUUCAACAUUCUUUUCCUAAAACAUAGCAGAAAAUGAAGAAAAAAGAACUUAAAUAACUGUCCAGUUAGCAUUUAAAAUGGGAGUAUGUUUUUUAUAUUCAAACAACUAGUUUACCAUAUUUUCCAACAUAACAUCGUAGAGUUGUUUGUCAAACCAAAGUCUUUUCCACUUUCCUGGAUCUUUGCUUGUGUAUUCUGCAACAAUAUUUCUGCCAACAAAUUAUGCAUUAAAAUCAUUUCAUCUUCAGUGCUUAUAAGUGACUUAUCAAUGAGAACUUUUAAUCCAAUAUCAGCAUGAAGCCCACAAUAAUUUAAAACAUUUUAAACAUAUUUCUCCUUAUGCAUGUUGAAAAAACAAGCAAUAUGAAGAAAUAUUUCUUACUUUUGACGAACAUCCCAACCGGAGAGAUUGGCCCUCCAUUUUUGCAGCAUCUGAGAGCCAUGUUUAAAUCUUUUUUCAUGUUUGGAAAAGGCUUCAGCAUAGCUUCCUUUUUGAUGUCUAACAUCAGAAGGAUCAACAUCAUAGAAAAUAGGCAAAUUUUGUUUUCUUUAUGGCAUCAUGAUCAUCAAGCACUUGUGCAUAACAACUUUGUGUUUACCAAGUCUAUGUAAGUAUUAAAAUAUUUAACUCAUUUACAUUUACCUGUAAGCAUCUCAUAUUUAAAUUUUAUUAAAAUACAAGUUGUUGUUUGUAUAUAUAUUUUUCCAACCAAAAGUCAUAACAGACCCCCAUCAGUGAUAGGAGCAGAAAACGACUUGAUAUCGUCUUUACAUGUCCAACUACAUUCAAUAUUUACAGCAAUGUCAAGUAACUAAAAACCUCUCAUGCAUCAAGAAACUCCAUGCUCUCCUACUCACUAAUGGCACUCUCUUUGCUCUCCAUGAUCUUCACACCCAACUCAUUGCUACUUACACCUCAUGCCUUCCCAACAACAACAAUCUUCAAACACUAACAAACUCUUUCUUCAAAUGCAUUAACUCAACCAACCCAUUACACUUCAAUCUCUUAAUUUCUCAUUUUUGUCGUAAAGGUUUCCCCUUUCACGCUCUUGCAUCCUUCUCCUUUAUGCACACCAAUGGUGUUUCCUUAGAUACAUACGCUUUGUGUACCACUUUGACCGCUUCAUCUAAACUCAAAGACUUCAAUUUUGGGAAACAGAUACAUGCCCACGUGAGAAAAUCAGGUUGGUUUUCUAGUGUGUUUGUGGGUAGUGCUCUCAUUGAUUAUUACUCUAAAUUGUUGAAUGUUGAAGAUGCAGCUCUUGUGUUUGAUGAAAUUCCUGACAAGAAUACUGUCUGUGCAAAUGCACUUUUGUCUGGUUAUUGUGAGGCUGGGCUAUGGAUUAAGGGAGUUGAACUAGUUAGGAAGAUGCCAUUGUUGAAAUUGAAGUAUGAUCACUUUACGUUAUCAGCGGCUUUACGUGCUUGCACUGGAUUAUCGUCUGUUGAAAUGGGUAGACAGCUGCAUAGUUAUUUGCUCCGUACUAUGCCUGAUAUAGAGAGUGAUGUGUUUCUGCAGAGCGCUUUGGUUGAGAUGUAUGGAAAAUGUGGAAUGGUAGAGAAGGCUCAGCUUGUUUUCAAGUUGGAUGGAAUGGAGAUUAGAAAUGAAAGAAGUAGAGAUGUUGUGUUAUGGACUUCGAUGCUCGGUGUGUAUGGUAAAAAUGGGCGUUAUAAGGAAGUAAUUGAUUUGUACAGUGAAAUGUUGCAGGAAGGAAUCAAACCUGAUGGGAUAGUGUUUCUGACAGUGAUCUCAGCUUGUGGUCACACUGGCCAAGUACAUGCUGGUGUCAAGUAUUUUGAAUCUAUGACUAAUGAUUUUAAGUUGAAUCCUGGUCCAGAGCAUUAUAGUUGCCUGGUUGAUUUGCUUUGUAGGGCUGGAGAAUUACACAAGGCAUGGGAAUUGCUUAAUGAGACACACUAUAAUGAUAUAGGGAAUUGUAGCGUCUCGAUGUGGGGAGCUCUACUGAGUGCUUGCGUGGAAAGUGGGAAUAUAGAGCUGGCAAAAUUGGCCGCACAGAGGGCUCUUGACUUAGAUCCUCAAAAUGGUGGAAUUUGUGUUAUGCUAUCAAACCUAUAUGCCCAGUUUGGUAUGUGGGAUGAGAUUGGACGUUUGAGGGUAUUGAUCAAACAAAGAGGGUUAAGAAAAGAUGUUGGAUGCAGUUGGCUUCAGGUGAAAAGUUGAAUGGGUAGGAUAUGGUUUGAAGUGACGCUGCUACCUUAAAGAGUCUCUACUCCGAAUCCUAAACAUGCUAACCAUAAAAAGUAAGAACAAAUGGGCAAUGCUCAACUAGCUCGGGUGAAAAUAUGCGACACUUAUUUAGAUUUUAGAAUGGAUUUUGAACUGAAGAACAGUGUAAACUAGAAUAUGUUUCCUUGAAGAAAUGCUAAAUAGUACAAAACGAGCAAUAACUUUUAGUAUUGAAAGUAUGUAACUAACUUUUUAUCCACUUCUCUUAUAUGUUACUCAUCAUUUGAUUGAUUAGAAUGUCAA